GGGGAACCGACACGUUCCGCCCCGCAGCCCCCGGCGGCAGAACCGCCCCCUGCGCCGGCGCCCAGGGCAGCAGCAGUAUGAGCGGCUCCUCCGGGCGCGCGAGCCGCUGAGCCUCGCCCGCCGCCGGGGCCUCUCGGAUGCUCGAGGCCCCUCCGGGCUGAGGAUGCUGAAGAUGAAGCUGCCGCUGAAACAGACGAGCCACCGGACGGAGGAGGCGGCGGGGAUGGGGCUGAAGGAGCCAGGCAGCCGGGACUGUCACCUCCAGCUGCAGCAGGUGCCCCGGCCGCCUCCCCGAGGGGGGGCGUCGGCAGGGUGCGGGCGGGAGCGGCCCAGCCAGCUGCCUGGCUUGGGCCCGGGACCUGGGCCGCCGCCGGCUCCUGCCUCGGGCGUGGCGGCCUCCCGCACGGACAAGGAGACGGUGUACGAGUGGUUCGGUCUAGUGCUGGGCUCGGCGCAGCGGCUGGAGUUCAUGGUGGGGCUGCUGGACUUGUGCAACCCGCUGGAGCUGCGCUUCCUGGGCUCCUGCCUGGAGGACCUGGCCCGCAAGGACUACCACUGCCUGCGCGAUGCCGAGGCCAAGGCCAACGGGCUCAGCGACCCCGGGCAGCUGGGAGACUUCCGAGACGCGGCCGUGCGCUCCAAGCUCAUCGUCUACCUGGCGCUGCUGGGCUCCGAGAACCGAGAGGCCGCUGCCCGCCUCCACUGCCUGCUGCCCCAGGUGGACUCCGUCCUGAAGAGCUGCGGGGCUCGCGUGCGGGAGGAGGAUGGGCCCGAGGAGGACAUGGAAGGGCCUGGAGAAAACGGCCAGGCCCUCCCUGUUGAGAGCCUGGGCUUCGGGGCUCAGGAAGAGCUACUGUUGCUGUUCACCAUGGCCUCUCUUCACCCCGCCUUUUCCUUCCACCAGCGGGUCACCCUGAGGGAGCACCUAGAGCGACUGCGGAGGGCCCUUUUUGGGGACCAGGAGGAGGAUGCCUUCGGCCCUGCAGCUCAGAAUGACUUUUCCCAUAAUGACUGCAUGCCAAGUAAUGAGAACAGUUUGGAUCACAUCACACCACCUCAUGAUGGACUUUCGAUGGCCUCUCAUAGACCUCAGCGGGAAGCUGUACACAUUGAGAAGAUAACACUGAAAGGAGUACCAAGAAAAAGGGCUGACAAACAUUUGGAGUACACCUUCAAAGUAACCUGGUCUGAUCUUUCUGUAACGUGUGUAACAAAAACACAUCAGGAGCUGCAGGAGUUCCUACUAAAACUUCCAAAGGAACUGUCUUCUGAAGCAUUUGACAAGACCAUUUUACGAGCACUAAAUCAGGGUUUCCAGAAGAAGGAAGAACGGCGGCACCCAGAUCUAGAGCCAAUAAUAAGGCAGCUAUUUUCAAAUAUGUCACAGUCUUUUCUGCAGAGUCAAAGAGUAUACAACUUCUUCCAGUCAAUUUCAUCAGAAUCUUUGCGCGCACACAGUAACUUACAACCCUCUUUGAAGACAGCUAAGGCAUCAGAACACUUCAAGGAGGACAGUUCAGAGGCUUCAAGUCAGGAGGAAGAUGUAAUGCAGCACACAUCAGUCCAUAAAAAACAUAAUGGGAAAAGUCCUGUUGCCAACACUAGCAGUACAAAAUGUUCUUCACUGGAUGGCCUUAACAUAAAACACUCUGAACAGAAUGGGGUAGUGGAUUGGAGAAGAAAAAACUGCACUGUUCAACAGCAUCCAGAGCACUGUACAAACUUACUUGAUCAGCAUGCAGGAGAGAAACGGGGCUUAUCUUCAAUAAGCAAGAAGAAAGGAAAACCACAACUGGAAAAGGAUAAAAUAAAGAAAACUGACAGCAGAUUGAGCAAUAGGAUUAAUGGAGUUAGAGUUGCAGCAACACAGCACAUCCGUGCAGGGGCAGUAAAAG